AAUGACAUAGUUGCGUGAUCAUUUCUCUUUUCGAAAAUAACGUUUAAAACAAUAUCACAGAAAGUGUUAAAUUUUGUAAGAAACAAACAUAAAGAAAAUGCAAAUUUUGCUUGGUUGCCUUUUUCUUAGUUUCUUUUCGAUUACAAAAGGAGAUUAUUUACGAAUGUUACAAAAACUAGAAUCAAAGUUAGAUGAUAACACUGAAAACCUGCAAGAAAUACUCAGCCGACUUCCAAACGGCAUUUGCGCAAAGGAUAAUUUCAAAAGGCCGUCGAAAUGCCAAGAAGGAAGACCUAUUGACUGUAAUGAAAUUCCUGGCAAAUGUCCAAGUGGAGUAUAUAAGGUGUUUCCAAAGCAUACAAAAGGAAUUGAUGUUUAUUGUGAAAUGAAUUUAGACGAGGGACACUGGACGGUUUUUCAAAGACGAGAAAAUGGCUAUACUGAUUUUUACCGUGGAUGGAAUGACUACAAAUCCGGAUUCGGAAACCCAAAGCAUGAAUUUUGGCUUGGCAACAAAAUUUUGCACUCUUUAACAUCACGAGGGAAAUAUGAAAUGCGGAUCGAUUUAUUCGAUUUCGAUGGAAACAAUGCAUUUGCAAAAUACAAAGAGUUUAGAAUUGGUGAUGAAAGUUCGAAGUUCAAAUUAACCGCAGAUGGAUAUUAUGGCACUGCAGGUAACAGCUUAGAACAUCACAAUGGCCAACGUUUCUCAACAAAGGAUAGCGAUAACGAUAACAAUCCUAGUCACUGUGCUACAUAUUACUCCGGAGCAUGGUGGUUCAAUACCUGUGUAACAUCUAAUCUGAAUGGUCAGUAUUUCCUGAAGACACCGAAAGGAUACCAUCAAGGCGUUUACUGGCGUAGUUGGAAAGGAUACAACUAUUCUUUGAAAGGCUCGUUGAUGAUGAUGCGAAGAGUGUCAAUUUAAGAUACACACAUAAUUAACAUUUCAGAUAAAUAAUGAGUAUUCAGUUUAGAAGUAUGUUGUAUUUUUCCUUUUUUGUAUCAUAACGCAUCAGUGAGUCAAGAAGACUUGAGAUUAAUUUCCUAAAGUAGACUUCAGCUUCAUUUUAUAAAUACACAGAGAGAGAUUGUUAACUGAUGAAUGUUAGUCCCCGUGGGUAUUACAAUGUACAAGCCUAAUAGCCAGCACUUCGGUUCUGGUAUGAAAAUACGAAAACUGUUCUUUUUAAAUUUGCUGUUAAAAAAUUUCGAAAUAAUUUAAAUUAAAGAAUGUAUCUCCCUCA